AUGAAAAAUAUAAUUAGUAUAAUUAAAUAUUAAUUCGCAACAAAAAAGAUAAUUGGGUUGGGAAGUCCAUUGCUAGAUAUUUAAGCUGAAGUAUCAUUGUAAUUCCUAGAAAAAUAUGGAUUAAAAUUAAAUAAUACAUAUUUUGCAGAGAAAAAGCAUAUUGAAUUAUAUGAAGAAUUGAUCAAAAUUCCAACUCAUUCUCACGUUCCUGGUGGGUCUGCUUUGAAUACAAUUAGAUUGGCGAGAUGGAUGGCAUAGGCUGAAAAGGAUUAAGUGAAAUUUAUCGGGUGCGUGGGAAAAUAGGAUAAAUUUGCACAAAUGCUAAUUGAAACAACAUACCAAGAUGGAGUUACAGCUUUAUUUGAUGAACAAUCAUAUCCGACUGGGAAAUGUGCUGUUCUCUUAUGUAAUAAGGACAGGUAAUGUCUGGUACCUCUAAUAGGAGCAUCUGCUCAUUUGAGUUAAGAAUUUGUUGAAUAACAUAUAGAGGAGGUUAAAACAGCAGCUGUUUUAUUUUGUGAGGUUUAUUUCCUAUAUCCGAGAGCGGAAUUAACAAAAUAUGUCUUCAAAGUUGCAUAAGAAAACAAUGUGCAUACUUGUCUUUCAUUGUCGAGUGUAAAUGCAGUGAAUGAUAGAUUUAAUGAAAUAUUGGCAGUCUUACCCUAUGUUGAUUAUUUAUUUGGAAAUGAGGAAGAAGUAGAAUAAUUUGGAAAAAACUUUGGCUGUGGAUUUGGUCUACAGGAAUCUAUGUUAAGAAUUGCAAAGUUUAGCAAAGUAGGUUCUAAGGAUAGAGUUGUCGUCUGUACAUAAGGUCACAAACCUACAUUAAUUGCUAAGAAAAACGAGCUUCUAAAUAUUUAAGUAGAAUCAGUCGAUCCUUAAAAGAUAGUUGAUACCAACAGUGCGGGGGAUUCCUUUUGUGGAGGGUUUAUAGCAGAAUUAUUAAAUGGAGCUGAUUUAAUUAAAUGUGUUAGAGCUGGAAAUUAUUCUGCAGCCUAAACUAUUCAGCAUGAAGGUAGCACUAUACCAAAUUAUCAACCUGAUAGAAGCUGGUGA